CCCCGUCACAAUGGGUGAAUUCUAACGGAUUAAGUCUAGCGGAUGUCUAACCUACAGAACGACUGACAUGUUUCCUUCUCUCCGCUUCCUCCCCACAGCAGACCCGUCCCCUGUGACACUCUGGCGGAACGAUGUCGGGAUGCCGAUAAGAGGCGGGGAGCUGGUGGGGCAGGCAGUUCCCGCAAGGCUUAGAGCCUGGGGAAGUUUGGCCUGGAUCAAGAGAGGGCACCGCCCACUUGAAGCCCUAGGGGCGGGGCCUCUCCGGGGGCGGGGCCACGGCCGAGGGCGGGGCAGGGCGGCAGCAUGCUAAACCGGGUGCGCUCUGCUGUGGCGCACCUGGUGAGCUCGGGUGGCCCUCCGUCCCAGCGCCCUAAGUCCCCCGACCUGCCCAACGCGUCCUCGACGCCUCCUGCCGCCUCAGAAACGCCUAAGAGCCCCCCGGCGAGGCCUGGGAGCGUGGUCGGGUUGCCCCAGAAGACCGCGGAGACUCGGGCGAGCUUCUCCAGACCCACCUUUCUUCAGCUGAGCCCCGGGGGGCUGCGACGCGCCGACGACCACGCAGGCAGGGCCGUGCAAAGCCCCCCGGACACCGGUCGCCGCCUGCCCUGGAGCACAGGCUAUGCCGAGGUCAUCAAUGCUGGCAAGAGCAGGCAUAAUGAGGACCAGGCUUGCUGUGAAGUCGUGUAUGUGGAAAGCCGAAGGAGUGGUACAGGGACCUCCAGGGAGCCUACCCAGAAGCAGGGACUCUGCUUCUACUACUGGGGCCUCUUUGAUGGGCAUGCCGGCGGCGGGGCAGCUGAGAUGGCUUCGCGCCUCCUGCAUCGCCACAUCCGGGAGCAGCUGAAGGAUCUAGCGGAAAUACUUCAGGACCCCCUGCCUCCUCCUCUCUGCCUCCCGUCCACCCCAGGCACCCCAGGUUUCUCUGAUCCCUCACACCUGGUCAGCCCUCAGUCUUGCUGGUCUCCACAGAAGGAAGUAACCCACGAGAGUCUGGUAGUAGGGGCCAUCGAGAAUGCCUUCCAGCUCAUGGAUGAGCAGAUGGCUCGGGAGCGGCGUGGCCACCAAGUGGAGGGGGGCUGCUGUGCACUGGUUGUGAUGUACCUGCUAGGCAAGAUGUAUGUGGCCAAUGCGGGUGACAGCAGGGCCAUCAUUAUCCGGAAUGGUGAAAUCAUUCCAAUGUCCCGGGAGUUCACACCAGAGACCGAACGCCAGCGUCUUCAGCUGCUUGGCUUCCUGAAACCGGAACUGCUGGGCAGUGAGUUCACCCACCUUGAGUUCCCCCGACGAGUUCAGCCCAAGGAGCUGGGGCAGAGGAUGCUGUACAGGGACCAGAAUAUGACUGGCUGGGCCUACAAAAAGAUUGAGCUGGAGGAUCUCAGGUUUCCUCUGGUCUGUGGGGAGGGGAAAAAGGCCCGGGUAAUGGCCACUAUUGGGGUGACCCGAGGCUUGGGAGACCACAACCUUAAGGUCUGUAGUUCCACUCUGCCCAUCAAGCCUUUCCUCUCCUGCUUCCCCGAGGUACGAGUGUAUGACCUGACGCAGUAUGAGCACUGUCCGGAUGAUGUGCUAGUCCUGGGAACAGAUGGCUUGUGGGAUGUGACCAGCGACUGUGAGGUAGCCGCCACUGUGGACAAGGUGCUGUCAGCCCAUGAGCCCAAUGAUCCCAGCAGGUAUACAGCUCUGGCCCAAGCUCUGGUCCUAGGGGCCCGGGGCAUCCCCCGGGACCGUGGCUGGCGUCUCCCCAACAACAAGCUGGGUUCCGGGGAUGACAUCUCGGUCUUCGUCAUCCCCCUGGGAGGGCCAGGCAGUUACUCCUGAUGGGCCCAGUCCCAUCCCUCUCACCGCCAUCUAAGCCUCUCCAUACUUACCCUUCUCCCGGUCCCAAUACUGAAGUUGUGUCCCUGACUCUUGAGUGGCCAUUUAAUUGACAAAGGGAUGUCCACUAGAUCCAGAAUUGGAGCAACUGACAAAUAAAACAGAUGGAGAAAGAAAG